GCUGUACGUAGUCCAUCAAAAUAGAAAUUCAUCCGCCUUCUCAAAAAACUACAGGAGUCAUCUAAUAUUUAUGAGGGAAAAUCUUCAAAAGACUACCCUGAACUAUCGGGAAAGAACCCAGAGCUGUGCGGAUUCGAUACGCGCGUUGUACCGCGUGUGCCGCCUAUCAGCUAAAACGAUGAGUGACCGACGGGACGACGUUCGCGUCUGGUGCUUCACCAAGGCGCCUGGAUCACCGAGGUUGGGCAAGUAGGCUAGCCAGUGUGUUCGCCACCUUGCUCGCUGCGGAGGUUAUCUCCCUAAAGUGGGACUCAAACCCCUAGAGCCUAUCCAGGGUGAGCCCUGGGGAGUUACAAUGAUAAUGACACAGCUGAAUCGAUCAACUGGAUCGACGAAAGAAGCCAGACGGAUUUACGGAUGAGGCUGAAAAGAAACACUGUGGACGAGGAAGAGGAGGACGAAGAAGAAAACAAGAUAAACGCAAUUCAUCCAAUAUCAAACAAGCAAAUAAGAACAUCGUUACCACGAAGGAUAAUUGUUUUGCAAUCACGUCGGUAGCCAAUCACUUGAAUUUACCGUCACUUAGCGUCCAAUGCUAAACGAAAGACGGUUCGAGGUGGACAACACACUGGUGGACGGGGAACGUAAUGAUAGCGCUGUGGUUACCAACCCGACGCUCUCAUCGUCAUCGCCGUCGUGCACGGUGCCCUACAUCGACACCGACCAGGGUUAUGUGUUCGAAGGUGGCGGUAUGUCGACGUUGCAGCAGCUCGGUGCAGCUGGUCGCGGAAAUACCGACUGCAUCGGUGGCGGAGGAGAUCUCGGGUUCAGCGCAUCGAUAGGAAGAUCGGGAACUGGGUUAGGUGGUGGGAUAGGACUCGGUGGAAUUAAUACUGGAGCAGCUGCGGGAGGAAUUACAGGAAUGGGAGGAGGAGGUAUAGGAAGUGGUGGAAACAUGAAUAAGGAAGUUCGUUAUGCUCCAUUCGCGUCAUCUGUAGGUCUAAUCAGUACUGUGGCGCCAGUAAACCUGCAAUCUCUACCGCCACCGCCGCCGCCACCGCCGCCGCCGCCACCACCGCCACCGCCCCUGCCGCUGCAGAUGCAGCAGCAGCGUGCCUUUUCGAAGUCGAUGACGUCCCUACCGCCGGAGCCGUUCAUGAUUAUGCGUUCAAAGGCUUUAAAUCGGCGCGUUUCUAUUAAUGUUGGUGGCGUGAAGCACGAAGUACUCUGGCGAACUCUUGAGCGGUUGCCACAUACGCGCCUGGGUCGGCUGAGGGAUUGCAAUACUCAUGAGGCAAUAACUGAACUCUGCGACGAUUACUCUCUAAUCGACAAUGAAUAUUUUUUUGAUCGACAUCCUAAAUCAUUUAGUUCGAUUCUUAAUUUCUAUCGCACUGGCAAGCUCCAUCUAGUAGAUGAGAUGUGCGUGCUGGCGUUUAGCGAUGACCUCGCAUAUUGGGGUGUUGAUGAGCUUUAUCUCGAAAGUUGUUGUCAGCACAAGUACCACCAGCGCAAGGAGCACGUACAUGAGGAAAUGCGUAAGGAAGCAGAAUCACUUCGACAGCGUGAAGAAGAAGAAUUCGGUGAAGGAAAGUGCGCCCAGUAUCAGAAAUGGUUAUGGGAUCUUCUGGAGAAACCAACUACUUCCAUUGCGGCACGGGUGAUAGCUGUGAUAUCAAUACUCUUUAUUGUGCUUUCAACGAUCGCACUAACUCUCAACACCAUUCCUAGUAUGCAAGUAAAUGAUGAGAAGGGAAACUUUCAAGACAAUCCGCAGCUUGCUAUGGUGGAGGCUGUAUGCAUCUCGUGGUUCACUCUCGAAUACUUGCUUAGGUUCAGUGCCUCGCCGGAUAAAUGGAAGUUUUUCAAGGGCGGUCUUAAUGUGAUCGAUUUACUGGCGAUACUACCAUACUUCGUAUCUCUAUUCCUGGUUGAAACCAACAAAAACGCGAACGACCAAUUCCAGGACGUGCGCAGGGUAGUACAGAUCUUCCGUAUAAUGCGGAUCCUGAGGAUCCUGAAGUUAGCCCGCCAUUCAACCGGGCUGCAGAGUCUCGGCUUCACUUUACGUAACUCAUAUAAAGAGCUAGGGCUAUUGAUGCUUUUCUUGGCGAUGGGCGUCCUCAUAUUUUCGAGUCUCGCCUAUUUUGCUGAGAAGGAGGAGCCCGGGACCAAAUUCAUAAGCAUUCCAGAGACCUUCUGGUGGGCAGGCAUUACAAUGACCACCGUCGGAUACGGCGACAUCUACCCCACGACCCCGCUCGGCAAGGUGAUCGGCAGUGUGUGUUGUAUAUGUGGUGUCCUGGUAAUCGCGUUGCCCAUUCCCAUUAUCGUCAACAACUUCGCCGAAUUCUACAAGAAUCAGAUGAGACGGGAAAAAGCCAUCAAAAGGCGAGAGGCUCUCGAGAGGGCCAAACGGGAAGGCAGCAUCGUAUCUUUUCAUCACAUCAACUUGAGAGACGCUUUCGCCAAGAGUAUGGAUCUCAUCGACGUCAUUGUCGAUACCGGUAAGCGACGGACCAAUGUGUGCGCGAAGGGAUCUAUAAUCUGUUUCGCGUUACAACGCUUUGCGUUUAUCGAACGAAACCGAUUUUGAUCCAGGAUUAUUACCGCUGAUCAAUUAACCAAUUUUUUGGUAAUAUACGAGUAU